UAAAAAUGAGAGACUCUCUAGAAGACUACAAAGGAGAGUUCAUGCCAAGUAUCUCUUCAUGCUACUCUCAAUACCUUGAACCACACUUCAUCGACUCCAAAAACUUAACCAUAGCCAACAAGAAGACCAGUGACCAAGUCAUGGCCGACUUUGAUAGAGAGAAAGAACUCAAGCUUAACAGAAUUCCACCCUGUAGAGCAACAGCAGAGUAUCAUGGAGCAGCUUCAAGAACCUUCCUUACACCUGAAGACAUCCGAAAACUGUCUAGUAACAAGUCAAUUCUUAAGACAAAGACAGAACUUUUACCUCACUGUAAAGGCAAGGAAUGACCUUGAUGCCAACACAAACUUGAAGGUAUAAACGAAUUAAAAAGACUAUCAUUCUGGACGUAUGUGGAGACUUUUAAGAUCUUUGGAACUGGUGUCCCUAUGUUCUUCUAUUUCAUGAUAUUCCUCAUGGUACUUUUCGCGUCAAUCAGCGUGCUUGUUUCUGUCCCAACGAUCGUUCUUAACGUCAUGGAGGAUAAUAAAUAUGAUCUUGGGGUCCUCUCUCCUUCUUUUUUGGUAUACACCUCCAUCGGCAACCACGGAAUCACCGCUUCCGACUACACAAAAUCCCCAUCCAUCAACUUCAUCACAACCCUCAACCUCAUCAGCACCUUCCUCAUCUUCCUCGGCUACCGCACCUACAGAUGCUCAAGUCUAAAAUUCGCCUCCAAAAUCGACGAAGAGACCAUCACUCCCAGUGACUUCACCCUGCUCGCUUCCAAAAUCCCCUCCACCGCGACCAAAGCCUCCAUUACCCGCUACCUCCAAGAAGUCCUAGGCGUGCCUGAAGUCCAGGACCCCCUCCACAACGUGAUCUUGUGCUAUGAUAUUAAGAAACCGGUCAAAUUACUCAGGAAGAAGCUUAAGAUAGAAGAGGAGUUGGGCAGAGGCAAAGCACUAAAAGAAAAAGAAGCCAUUAUUGAAAAACUUAACAAACAAAUCAGAGAUUAUGAGCUGAAGUAUAAGGCUCAUGAGAAGGAAGAUAAUGGGUUCUGUGAUACAUUUGGAAAUAAAAUUAUUAUUUGAAAAUCUAAGAGAAAAGAUAAAGAAUUUAAGUUUAAGACUCAGAGAGCUGGUGAACCUACUGACAUCUUUUGGGAAAAUUUGCCAAUUACAGCUGAUAAAAGAUUCAAAAGAUCCUUACUGUCGUUCUUAGCAAUGCUUGGGUUGCUCGCAUUUUCUUUUGGAUGAAACUUAUUAUUUGGAAUCUUCAAAGAUAGCCUUGAGAGGAGAUAUGAAGAUAGUGGAAAUAACUUCAAAAUUGAGCAUUCUCUUAUCCUAAUGUUCUACAAUAUUGCCAAUGCAAUGGUGAUAGGGUUCUUCAACGUCAGUCUCAAGACUUUGGCUAGAUUUUUAACUGAAUAUGAGAGGCAUGACUCUUACACCUCAUAUACUUUAUCUUUGACUGUCAAGAUGGUAGUAACACUGUACAUUAAUACAGCAAUCAUUCCUCUCUGAGUUAAUUAUCAAGAGAAGUAUUGGUUUGCAAGUACUGGGUUGAUUGCAGAUAUCUUCUACAACACUCUUACCAUCUGCUUUGUUAGUCCUCUCCUCUAUGUCUGGGAUCCUUACUACUUGUUAAAACUAUGAAAAAGAAGAAGAGAAAUUAAGAAAGGGGAAAAAUCGAAAUUAACACAGAGAAGGCUUAACGAGCUCUAUGAAGGACAGGAAAUAGGCCUUGAGAACAGAUAUACUUCUGCCUUCUUGAUCAUUCUGGUAUGCUCAACAUACACUGUACUUCUCCCAAUCCUUCCAAUAAUUUGCUUCUUUGGGAUCCUCUACCAAUAUUGUCUGGCUAAAUACAUGCUAGUGAAACGUAAUACUCGACCAAGAGAAGUAGGAUACUUCAUGGAUAUCAAAGCUUCUAACAUUUUCUUUUUCGUUAUCCUUAUAAACGGAUGAAGUGUUUGGUACUUCCUGACUAGACUAUCGGACGGAGAGAACUUCUUCGCCUGGAUUCCUCUCAUACUCGCUGGAGUAUGUGCUCUUCUGCCUAUUAGUUAUAUUGAGGGGAUACUAAAGUUCAAUAAGGUUAAAAAGAAUGAUGAAGAUACUUAUGAAUCCAUAAUCAACAAACACCAUUGCAGCUAUAAAACCAGCAAUCCCGUUGGUGAAAACGGCAAAAUUAGUAUUGAAAGACUCGCAGCGUACGCUGCAAAGGAUAAAUUAAAGCAGAGGGAAAUUAUAUGGGGAGAUCUUGCUAAAGAAAUCAAGAAUUCUCUUUUAUUGAAGAAUCAUAUCCCUUCCCAAAUUCCUCAGAGAGCAAAAGCAUUUAGCCCUCUUUCAGCAAAGCCUGAGUUUUCAAGAAAAUCGACUAUUAAUAGAAAUGAUACAUUAAAGGACAUGUUACCUACUUUUAAUGCUGAAAAAAGGACUAAAUCUACCAAGGAUAUGCUUCACAUAAUACUCAACACUCCGAGGAAACCUGAAAUUCAAAAAUCUAGUAAAUUUAUUUCCUCAAACCAAUUCUUUUGGUGGUCCCAAUGCUAUUAA